AUGCCAUUUAUAAUAAGUCAAUUAAAAAUAAAUGUUGAACCAGCUCUUAUUAUUUUAUCACUAUGUAUAGGAAUAUUAAUAACUGUUAUACCAUUAUUUACAUUUUGGGGAAGAUGUGUUGAGAUUGCAGAUCAAUAUUUACCAACACCCAUGGAUAAAGAUUAUGGAAAUAAUACAAUAAGAUGUGCUAAUAUUUUUAGUAUAAAUGAAACAAUGUUAAGAAAUGGUAUUGAAGAAGAUAUAGCUGAAAUGAAAAUUUAUUAUCAAUUAGCUGGUGGUAUACCAACAUUAAUAUCAUCACCAAUUUUAGGUUUAUGGUCUGAUGUUUAUGGUGGUAGAAAAAAAGUUUUAACAACAACAUUAUUUGGUUUAGUUAUAUAUAUAAGUUUACAAUUAUAUACAGCAUUAAAUUAUGACAAAAUUAAUAUGUGGUAUCCAAUGAUAUUUGCAGAAUUUAUAAUGGGUUGUUUUGGAGGUAUUGCAACAAUUUUUACAAGUGCUGUAGCAAUUUUAAUUGAUGACAGUAGAAAAGGAAUGGAUGAUGGUGGAAUUCCAAUGAGAAUUACAAUAACAACAGCAUUUCAAUCUUUAUUUUUAUUAUUUGGUAAUUAUUUAGCAUCAUAUUUUAUGUUUCCAGCAACUAUAAGUAUUCAAAAACAUUCAAAUUCUUAUAUUAUAUUAAUAUUUAUAUCAUUUAUUAGUUCAAUUUUGAUUUUUAUAUAUACAGCUAUAUUUGUAAAAACAAAUAAAAAUGAAGAAAAUAUACCUAAUGAAACAUUAUGGCAAAUGUUUGGAUCAGUUUUUAGUGGUUUAUUAGAUGUUUUAAAAACUCCAAGAAGAGGAUAUUUAAGAUGUGUUAUAAAUAUAUCAAUGUUUCUUGUUUUUAUUGAUUGUAUGACAAGUGAUCCAAGUUUAUUUGUUCUUUUAUUAAAAGGUACACCAUUCUAUUGGCCAGAUGUUAAUUUUACUUAUUAUAUAAUGUUAAAAACUGCUAUUGGAUGUAUUGAUUCAAUAUUACUUAUGAUUGGUUUUAUAGCAGCUUCAAUAAUUGCAUUUCUAACAGCAUUUGCUGAAACUAAUUAUUUGAUUUUUAUAACAGGAAGUUUAUACUUUUUUGCAGCUGUUACACAACCAGGAUUUAGAACAUUCCUUCCUAAACUUGUAGGUGAAGAUCAAACAGCACGUCUAUUUACAUUAAUAUCAUUACUUUAUGUAAUUGCACCAAUUUUAAGUUUAACUUUUCUUAAUAUUAUAUAUGAAAAAACUUUUAAAGAAUGGCCUGGUUUUGUAUUUGUUAUAAUAGGAAUUUUUAAUUGUUUUGGUGUUAUUUCUCAAUUUAUAAGUCACUAUCUUUUACUGCCAAUGUGGAAAGAAAAUACGAUAAAUUAUAAUAUUCUUGAAAACAAUGAAUAA